UAAAAAUAAGGUGAGCAGCUAGGUUUUGUUUCUGAUAAAGAGAGCGAGCAAGGGAGAGAAGAGCUUAAAUUGAGGCGCUUAGUAACUUCUCCCUCUCUCUUUGUUGGCUUGUUGAAUCUCCUUCAGGUUCAGUUCCACUCAUCAUUCAUUAUGAGCAACGGGAAGGACAACUUCAGUGUUGCCGAUCUCAGCGCUGCUUUGAAUGCGGGGGACCGAGCAGACCUUGUCAAUGUACUCAAAAGUAAACUUCAGGAUCUUACUGGGAAACACUCAGAUGUACUUGAAAAUUUGUCCCCCAUUGUCAGGAAGCGUGUUGAGGUUCUCAGGGAGAUUCAGACUCAACAUGACGAUUUGGAGGCAAAAUUUUUUGAAGAGAGAGCUGCACUUGAAGCCAAAUACCAGAAGCUUUAUCAACCAUUAUACACAAAGAGAUUUGAAAUUGUGAAUGGGGUUAUUGAAGUUGAAGGGGCAACAACCGAGGCUGCAGUAGCAGACCAGCAAGUGGAUAAGGAUGCAGUGGAGAAAGGUGUCCCUGAUUUUUGGCUCACGGCUAUGAAAAAUAACGAUGUGCUAUCUGAGGAGAUUACCGAGCGAGAUGAAGAAGCUCUCAAAUUCCUCAGGGAUAUAAAGUGGUCCAAGAUUGAUGAUCCAAAGGGUUUCAAGCUUGAAUUCUUCUUCGAGAAUAAUCCUUACUUCAAAAACACUUUGCUGACUAAAACCUAUCACAUGAUUGAUGAAGAUGAACCAAUUCUGGAGAAGGCAAUUGGGACUGAGAUAGAAUGGUAUCCUGGAAAAUGCUUGACACAGAAGAUUCUAAAAAAGAAGCCAAAGAAGGGGUCAAAGAAUGCCAAGCCUAUCACUAAAACAGAGCAGUGUGAAAGUUUCUUCAACUUCUUUUGUCCUCCUCAAGUACCGGAGGAUGAAGAGGAUAUUGAUGAAGAUGCUGCUGAAGAACUUCAGAAUUUGAUGGAACUAGAUUAUGAUGUUGGGUCAACAAUUCGAGAUAAAAUCAUUCCACAUGCAGUUUCAUGGUUCACUGGGGAAGCUGCUGAGGAUGAUGAUUAUGCUGACUUGGAAGAUGACGAGGAUGAAGAUGAUGAAGAGAAUGAGGAGGAUGAAGAAGAUGAGGAUGAAGAAGAAGAUGAGGACGAAGAGGAGGAAGAAGAAGAUACCAAGACCAAGAAGAAGUCAGCUGCUGCUCGCAAGAAGAGUGGAAGAGCUCCUGUUGGAGAUGGUCAGUCUGGUGAGAGGCCACCAGAGUGCAAGCAACAGUAGCUCUUCUUAAUGAAGAAUGACGCAGUUGGAACAAAUGGAUAUGACAAACAAAAAUGAAGAUGAUGCAAUAGUUGGAGCUGUAGAUAUAUCUAUUUUAGCUUUCGGAGUUGCAAUUAAUGUGCCUAUGAAAAUUAAAGUAGUAUAUAUAGAGAACCUUAUACGAAUAACGAUCAAGAAAGGGAAUUUUACAUGAACAGUAUUUUGGAUGGAAGUGAUGUAAAUUGCAUACGACAUAUAAGGAUGAGCAAACAUGUGUUUUAUGAACUAUGCAAUGCUCUUAGAAGAAAUAAUUUGUUGCUUUCAACCAAAGCGUGUAUAUUCAAGAACAAAGUAUUAAUAUUUUUAGA